AUGGGUAUGUGGCGGCAUUGGCUCCUUCCUUCGGAGUCGCAUCAAGGUUUGCAUGUCAGACUGGAAGCUGACAGCUUUGCUUCUAGCCACACUUCCCCCGAAGCCCCAAACCACACCGAAAAGGACGAGACCGACUCCAAACAAAGCCACAACCAAGAAGCUUUCUCAACAAACAGUGCACUGAAAAGCGAGUCGGCCGAUGCCAGUGACAAACCAAUCCCAGACGUUCCCACAGAUGCACAGGAGGCGCCCAAGGACGCCGAGCCCGUAAAGAUGGACGUCGCGACUCCACCCGACACAGAAAUGCCGGAUGCACCACCAAGUCCGGCUGCCGAGGUGAAGCAAGCCGAGACACAAAUCGAGCUUCCAGCCGAAGUCGCUCCCGACACACAAGCUGCGGCUCCAUCGAAAGAAGACCAGCCAGCCAAGCCGCCCACGCCUGACGCCCUGAUCACAUCUGACGCAAAGAACGAGGCUCCGACCAAAGCCAUGUCCACUUCGGUAUCUCCCAUGACCAAGACGGCCCCUACCCCCCCAGCUACCGAUAAGGAGGAAGAUGUGGUGAUGGCAGAUGCGCAGGUGACCGCCGAGAGCACUCAAGAGACGCCUGUUUUCGCAACUGUCCCGGACGUGAAGCCGAGCAUCGAGAAGGAUCCAGCUCCAGCGUCGCCCUCCAAGGCAUCUCCUCUUCCAAGCGCGACGGCCGAUACCAGCAUGUCUGACCUGGCUGCGUCUGCCAAGGUGUCGCGUGAACGGGAUAUCGACAGUGAGGAUGAACCAGUUGCCAAGCGCACCAAGGUUGACCAUUCCAUCGAGGCCAAGAACAAUGUCAACCCCCAAGAUCGCAUGGAUGUCGACCGCCAGUCAGCUCCCCGGGCCACACCUGCGCAGGCUGCGAACGGAAGACUCAAGUAUCUCAAUGACGAUUCCCUCAACGACAAUCCCAUCACAGAUUGGCAGAACCGGCAAAUUCGUCAAGUUCUUGCAGGUGUCAAAAAAACCAAGGUGGGCGGCAACUUUCGGCAAUCGGUUCAGCAUCUGUGGCCCAUGCUCUGGCCUGAUUACUCGGCACGGAUUGCCAAUCCUAUUGAUAUUUCGGCCAUGGAGAGACGCUUGCGUGGGGACGGGCAGAGCUACAAGAAUCUUGGCGAGUUCAAACGGGACUUGAAUCUGUUGGUGGAAAACGCCGUCAGCUUCAACGGCGAAGCUCACGAAGUGACUGUGCAAGCCAAGGGCUGCCGUUCUGCUAUUCUCGACCGUCUCUCCAAGGUCCCUGCCACUGAACCUGCCCGCCCCGACAAGAAGGACAGCAUCAAGCAUCACAAUAUCCGCCAUGCCGAACCCCGCUCUGCCGUCCACCAGUCUUCCACCGCCACGCCCCGUCCCCCAAAACCGGCGGCCCCAGCCCCCAAGCCCGCUGUCGAGAACCCUGCUUUUGCCAUCCCUCCCGGCAACAACGGUAUGCCGCUCAUUCGGCGCGACUCGACCAAGGUUGACAGCCGCGCCAAGCGCCCCGUCAAGCCACCUCAGCCAAGAGAUGUCUUUACCGACAAGCGCAAGAAGAAGCUCCCCCCCGAGCUUCGGUUCUGCGAUGAAGUUCUCACCGAGCUGAGGAAGACCAAGUAUUACGAUUGCAACGGCGCCUUCCUUCAACCCGUCGACGUCGUCGCUCUGCAAAUCCCCACAUAUUACAAGGUGGUCAAGAAGCCCAUGGACCUUUCCACCAUGGCCAGCAAGCUGCAUUCUGGCGAGUACGCUUCGGCCAAGGAUGUUGAACGAGACUUUGACCUGAUCGUUAAGAACGCCAAGGCCUUCAAUGGAGACGACCAUCCCGUCACCAUUGCCGGCUACAAGCUGCAGAGUCUCUUUCGCGCCGAGAUGAACCGAAAGGAUGAGUGGCUCGCCCGCAACGCCCCUCCCGAGGUAAUCAACACAGCCAGCCCACGGAUCAAAGACGAGUCCGACGACGAGCCCUCGGACACGGAACCGGAGCCAGAGCAAUCCGAGGAGAUCACUAAGGCCCAAACCAAGAUCACCAGCAUCCAGAAGCGACUCGAUGACGAGCAAAAGAAGCUGUCCGAGAUGAUCAACACUGGAUCGGCAAGCGAAGAGGAUGUUGACAUUUCUCACUCCAUCAUCAGCACUUUGCAGAAGCAACUGAUCCGAGAGAGGAACAACCUCAAGGAGCUGACUGCCGCCGUCAAACCGGCAAAGCCAAACAAGCCUGCCAAGUCCAAGAAGACGCACCAGCACCUUGGCGGCGUCACCAAGAAGGCCGUUGCCGCAGGAGGAGCGGGCGGGGGUGGCCAUCAUGCCGCGGGAGCUGUUAAGAAGGGCCCCAAGAGACCGCCCCCCAAGAAGAAGAUCAGUGAGGCUGAGAAGGCUGUUAUCACCGAGCAUCUGAGCGAGCUGGACGGUGUGCCCUUGGAGCGGGCCAUCGAGCUAAUCAAGAGGGACACGGGACAGGGAGAGAAUGAGUCGGGUGAAUUGGAACUUGAUAUUGAGCAAGUCUCCGAGGAGGCCCUGGUCAGGCUCUACGAAAUAAUAAUCAGGGCCCACCCGCACUUGAAGGUCGAGAGGGAGAAGAAGGUAGUGGACAAGACUUGGGGCCAGGCGGCGGACCAUCACCACUCCAACAGCAAUGCCAAGUCCAAGUCGGGCGCUGCGUCGGCGGCGUCCAAGUCCAAGAAGAACAAGCCCAUGAGCAAGUCGGAGCAGGAGCGCCGCAUUCAGCAGCUCAACGAAUUGAGAGCACAAGCUAACCGCAACCAAUCCGGCAGUCAGGAGCCAAUGGAGUCGAUUGAGGGAACAGGCAGGGCCUCAGCCGAGCCUCCCACGGCGGUCAAUGCCGACAGUGAGGACGAAGUCGAUUCCGAAGAGGACUAA